AUGAUGCCUCGAGCCCACAGCGUUUCCUCUGACGACUCCGAGUCCGGUAUAGAUACACCUGGUCCCCGUGUGGAAAAAACUCCAGCUCCUACUGGAGAUGACGGAGCAGCGGCCAUUGCGGAGUUAGAAGCGGCCAUCGCGGCCAACCCGGACCUGAGGCCUGUCACUCCUCAGCCAGCAGAGUGGGAGGACUAUGAUACCAUUCUCGCGCAGAACCCAGAAAUCGCCAACCCUGUACCGGGGAGAAAGAAGGAAUUUUAUAUGUCCAAGGAUAGGUGGGAAUGUGGCCAUGAGGGCGACCCGGUAGUCACCACUAUCGAGCACGACGCUUCCCAAGGUGAUGCACCAGCUAUCCUCAUCAAUGAUGUAAGAGGAAUCUGUGAGAAAUGCAUGGAUAAAUGGCGCAAACUCGAAUCAAGCGGACAUCAGUCAGCAGUCGCUGCGAGCAGCUCUUCUUCAGGCCCGGCUCAUGGACCAGGACUGCCAUCCUAUGAACAAGCCUGGGAAGGUUCUGAUACGGCUGCUGCUUCUGCUCGACAGACUCCGCUACCUCUUCUCGAUCUUGACGAUGAUUAUGAUAGCUCAUCUGAGGAAUCUGAUGAUUCGCUUGGCCCUCCUCCUGGUUCGCCUCCGAAUCUGAGGGCCAGUGUUCAUGGAAAUCUAGGUGCUCGAAGUCGCCCAUAA